CUGUACCAUAGAGAAGACGAGGCAACAUGGCUCCCGGAGGUGGAAGGAAGAGGAUUCACCCCUUUUGAAGCGGUGAAGAGCGGCCGGGGGGGGGGUAAAGAGAAGUCACUAGAGCCCGUCAUCGCUUUUAUCCUCCCAGCCUCUCCUGAGUCCGGUCGGCCUCACUCCUUCUCCCCACCCAAAUCCAAUCUGUGGUCUCCACCCCGCCCUCAUCCCCUCGCUCGCUCACCCCUCCCCUCGGGAAUCCUUUUCCCGCCCCCUCGCCCCCCCGCGGAGUGCGCACGCGCUCGCCCCCAGCUUCGCGCCCAGAUCGCCGCCUAACCUGCUCGCGCAGCCGCCGUCUCGUCUGCCCACCGACGAAGCAUGGGCGUCCAGGGCUUCCAAGAGUUCCUGGAGAAGCGCUGUCCCGGGGCUGUGGUGCCCGUGGACCUUCUCAAACUCGCGCGCACGGUCUCGCGCCAGCAGCAACAGCACCAGCAUCGUCAGCUGCCGCCUGCGGCAGCGCUAGCGCCCGGGGCUCCACGCGCCGCCAGGGGCUCCGCGCCUCUGCAACCGCCGCUCCCGCCCGCUGCCUUAGGUGCCUACUCCGGGGGCGCGGGGCCUCGGCACCAUCACCCCGCUCACCACUUCCAUCACCACGGCCAGGCGCACCCUGGGCUGCACCCGCCGCCGCCGCCGCCCCCUCCGCUGCCCGGGGCCCGGGUGCUUGUGGACGCGGGCUCGGCGCUUCCGCGGCUUUAUGGUGGCUACCAGACGGAUUGGGUGUGUGGCGGCCAAUGGAACGCCAUGCUGGGCUACUUGUCAGCGCUAUGCCAGGCUUGUGCCUAUCCCGGCGGCGACGGCCUGGAGCUGGUGGUCAUGUUCCCCGGGGGCCUGGGAAAGGACCGGCUGGCCGAGUGGGGCCGUCGGUGCCAGGCCGAGCGGCAGACAGCGCAACUGAUCGUGGGACACGUGGGCAACAAGGGCACCCCUCCUCCACGGGCCUGGUUCCUGCCACCGGCCUGCCUGAGCCACUGCGUGAGGCUAGCACUCAUCCGCUUCCGGGUCAAGGUCUUUCAGAGCCUUGAAGACCACCAUUUGGAAGUGGUGGCUUUUUUCAGGGAAAAUGGCUUCCAUGGCCUUCUUGCUCAUGAUUCCGAAUAUGCUCUCUACAAUAUUCCUUCUUACUACAGUUCCCAUGCUCUGAAGCUGAGCUGGAAUGGGAAGAAUCUCACUACCAAUCAGUUCCUGAUGCAGGAGGUAGCCAAGCAGCUGGGCUUGAAGCGGAUGAAUUUUCCCAUAUUUGCUGCGUUGCUAGGUAACCACAUUCUCCCAGAUGAGGACCUGGCUGCUUUUCACUGGAGCCUCUUGGGACCAGAACAUCCCCUUGCAUCACUUAAGGUCCGAGCUCAUCAGCUGGUUCUUCCUCCCUGUGAUGUGGUGAUCAAGGCUGUUUCUGAGUAUGUUAGUUCCAUCAAAGACCCCUCAAACCUGGAUGUGGUUGGAAAGGAUGUUUUCAAACAGUCUCAGUCCAGGACAGAAGAUAAAAUAGAGCGAUUCAAGAAAGCAGUCGAAUACUAUUCAGUCACAACCAAACUCUCUUCGCUGCCAGUGGGUCCCUCCUCCUUUCUAGGUUUUCGGAAUAAUCGGCUUGGAAACCCUCCCCUUCCACGAAAUCAGAUGGGCACUAUCUCUGCUGGAAAGCCAAUGUUUUCUCACCAUGUGCCCCAGAAAAUGAAAUAUCCACCACCAUUCCCAGUGGGACACAACUCCUCUCUUCUCUUCUCUCCCCAUGCUUUGGGGGAAUCCCAUGCUUUUUCUGAGGAUCCCAUGCUGCAGGACAGCCCCUUUGCCAAUUGGGCUGUCUCUUAUGACUCCUCUGCAUCCCAGUUUCCCAAUUACCUGACUCCCAAAGCUUCACCUCCUUUGGGACCAGACUCUUCUCACUCCUCUUCCUCUGAUGGUGAUGAACCAAAUGGAACCAGCUCUGAUCACAUCACAGAAACACUUCAGCAGCAGCAGCCUGGAUGGGAGGAUCCAAGUGGUGACAGAGGGUCCUGGGUACAGCCCAUCGAUGCUGGAGUUGCAGAUACCAACCUGGGUGAUGGAGAGCCCCACAUCCCAUCCCUGCUGUCUAUGUCUACAAGGAACCAUAUGGACAUCACCAUUCCACCCUUACCUCCAGUAGCUCCCGAAGUCUUGCGGGUUGCUGAACACAGACACCGAAGGGGUCUUAUGUACCCAUAUAUCUAUCAUGUCCUCACUAAGGGUGAGAUUAAGAUCCCCGUAUGUAUUGAGGAUGAGUGUAACAUGGAGUUGCCUCCAGCUGCUCUCCUGUUCCGGUCAGCACGUCAAUAUGUUUAUGGGGUCCUUUUCAGUCUGGCAGAAACACAGCGGAAAAUGGAACGCCUGGCCAUACGGCGGCGGCUACCUGUGGAAGUUCCUUCAGUGAUCCUCAAAGAGUGGUCUGCCUAUAAAGGGAAGUCACCUCAAACCCCUGAGCUGGUGUCUGCACUGACAUUUCGGGAAUGGACUUGCCCAAACCUCAAGAAGCUCUGGCUAGGCAAAGCAGUCGAGGACAAGAACAGAAGGAUGCGGGCCUUCCUGGCCUGUAUGAAGUCAGAUACACCCAGUAUGCUCAAUCCAGCUAAUGUCCCAACCCAUCUGCUGCUCAUGUGCUGUGUACUCCGGUACAUGGUUCAGUGGCCCGGUGGCCGAAUCCUGCAUCGCCAUGAGCUCGACACUUUCCUUGCCCAGGCAGUAUCUACCCAGCUUUAUGAACCAGAUCAACUUCAAGAACUCAAGAUAGAGAAACUGGAUGCCCGAGGGAUCCAGCUUGCUGCCCUCUUCAUGAGCGGGGUCGACACAGCUCUGUUUGCUAAUGAUGCCUGUGGCCAGCCAGUCCCGUGGGAGCACUGCUGCCCCUGGAUUUACUUCGAUGGCAAGCUGUUCCAGAGCAAGUUAAUUAAAGCAGGCCGAGAGCGAGUAUCCCUGGUUGAGCUCUGUGAUGGCCAGGCUGACCUGGCAACCAAAGUGGAAAAGAUGAGACAGAGUAUCCUUGAAGGAGUCAACAUGAACCAUCCACCACCUUCUGCUCUACUUCCAUCACCUACUUUUGUGCCUCCCAUGGUGCCCUCUCUGUACCCUGUUUCACUUUAUUCUCGAGCCAUGGGCUCAAUGCCACCUCCCCCUCAAGGACGGAGCCGGGGAUUUGCAGGUCUCCAUCCAAUCCCACCCCAAGGAGGAAAACUGGAGAUUGCUGGGAUGGUUGUGGGCCAGUGGGCUGGCAGCAGGUCCUCCAGGGGCCGAGGCUCUUUUGGCAUGCAAGUUGUUUCUGUCGGUGGGCCAGGAAAAGGGCAUGGAAAAGAACAGACUGGUAGAGGAUCCAAAGGACAUAAAAAAGGAACCAAACAAGGCACUUCAGAUGGCGUUUCUAAAUCCCUGGAGCCUCAUCAGGGUUGGUCCCACUCACAGCUCCUCCCAUUAAGAGAUGGCAUCUGUUUCUCCACCCUUCGAAUCUGGAGUAGUGUUUUGUUUUGGCCAAUAGACUGUUGCAGAAGUGAUGAUUAUGCCAGUUCCAAGCCUCAGCUGGAUGCUUCUGCUCACUCUCUUGAACCGCUGGAACUACCAUGAGAACAAGCCUGGGCUAGCCUUCUGGAGGGUGAGAUCCAGCUACCAGCUAUACCAGACAAGACCAUCCUAGACCUGUCAACCCCCAACCAACCCACCAGCAGACCACAGGUACAUGAGCCUAGCCAAGAUCAGCCAAGCCUGGUCCAGAACAGCAGAGCUAUGCUGCCAACCCGUAGAUUCAUAAGCAAUAAUAAAUGGUUUGGUUUCAAGCCACUGAGAUUGAGGAUGGUUUAUUAUGCAGCAGUUGCUAACUCCCAUAUCCAGCAAUACAGUACAAAUUAAGUUUUAUGCAGGAUCAAGUUUUGGUAGUAGGUGGGCCCUGCAGGAUAUCUAGUCUUCUGUAUUGCCUCUUGACUAUUUACUUCUUCACUUCCUUCUUUAGCCUGUCUCUCAAGAUUAGCGUUUCUCAGAGUUUCUGUUGUCAGGCAUCUUCUCACUAUUCUUUCUCCUUGGUGAGAUUCAUCCCAUCCUGUGGCCUCAACUCUUACCUUUAUAUAGAUGAUUUCCAAAUCUACCUCUAACCAAACUCUACUGAGGAGAUGCAGAGUUCAAAUGGUCUGCUGGACAAAUCCAUAUAAUACUGUCCCAGAAAAAGCAUAACUCAGUAUGUUUAAAUGUGAAGUCUUGCUACCACUCCUCCAUUGUUUCCUAUUUCUCCUCCUAACUCCAGCUUGAUUCCUCUGUCUCUGGUUAAUGUCAACACUAUCCUCACAUCACCCAGGCCAGAAACCUCAUCAUCCCAGAUUCUCCUCAUCCACCAUGUCUAAUCAUUCGGCUGCAGUGUCUUAUAGCUGUCCCUUCCUCUCCAUCUUCACGGCUCAUUCCCAUGCUUCCUUUUUCUUCUUCCUCUUCACCUCCUUUUUUCUUGCUAUCAGAGUUUGAUCAGUGGCCCAGCAAUAUUAACAUCACUUGGGGGCCUAUUAGAAUUGCAGAAUCUUGAGCCCCACCUCAGAUCUACUCAGUCAGAAUCUGCAUUUUAACAAGAUCCCUAGGUGAUUCAUAUGCAUUCUAGGGUACAAUAAAUAACUCCCCAGUUGAGUCUCAACCUGGAUAGGUAUAGGUCCUCACCAGUUUAUAACCUAUGCACCAUGUCUAUGGCACUCGAGCCUGGAUGAAUACCUGGGAAGUCUUCAAUUUUCCAUUCAUCUUUUCAUGAUUUAAUCUUUGUAAAAAGAAUAUAACAUUUAUUAGUUGUUUUUUCAAUACAGAAAUACAAAGAAAGAAACUAAAAUUGGCCUGUGCCUUGCCCAGAUAACUCCAAAUGACAUUUUCUUUUUUAAAAAGAGGAAAAUUUACCUGAAGUUAGACAAUUAAAACAAUAAAAAUGUACAAAGUGAUGACUGGAAAACCUCUAGCACCACCCCAAUCCCAACCCCUCUCAUAUAUAGCCAUUCUUGAUCAGAAUUAACCUUCUAAGAAGUAAUUAACCUUCCAGGAAAUAAGUAUAUACCUGCAUAUAUUUAUCUGUUUAUUCUUUUGUUUGAAAAGUAUAAAUUACUCCCUCUUAGUCAUCAUGAUUUUUUAUACUUAAUAUAUCUCAGAUAAUUCUUUAUGAGUAUAUACAGACUUUCAUAAUUUUUAACACUACAUAGUGUUCCAUUAGAUGGAUGAUUCCAUCAGAUCAUUUCCCUAUUGAGACUGCCUUGAUUGCUUCCAGUUUUAGCUAUUGAGGGUGGUUUUAUUAUUACAAACAAGGUCGCAAUGGUCAUCCAUGGACAUAUAUUUUGGUGACCUUCUGCAAGGAUAUCCAUAGGGUAAAUUUUCAGUGGCAAGAUUAUUAAGUGUAAUGAUUAGGAUGCUUUUGUUUGCAAGUAAAACACAACUCCAAGAGUAGGGUGAGCUAGAGCUACCCAGUUUCUUACUAUAUCCAAGUGGAUUUUUAAAUGCAAUCCCUGGACCAGCAGCCUCAGCAGCCUUUUUACAAAAGGAAAUUCUUGGUCCCUACCUCAGAUCUACAGAAUUUGAAAUUCUGGAGAUGGAGAUUAGUAAUUUGUGUUUUAACAAACUAGGUGAUUCUAAUGCACAUUAAAUGCUGAGAACCAUUGCUGUAGGCAAGGUAACUAUGAGAUGGCUGCCAGUGGCAAAGGACGCGGAGUCUCUUCCCUUAAGUUCACAAAACUUCUGGUCCAGCCUUUCAAGUGAGCAGGACUCCCAAGAUGCACCCUAAUUGGCUUGCUGAUGUUACAAAUCUUCCCUGUAGUAAUAAUGUCUGUGGCUAGAAGAACUAGGAGUAGAAUCAGUUUAUCCCAAAAUACAUGGGCUAUGAGUGGGAAGGUAGAUCAACAAAUAAAAACCUAUGAAUUGGUAGAAAGGAAAAAGUGGGGAAUGAUUGCUGUGAAUGCUCUAGCGAAGUCCACAUUCAGUCAAAGAAUAUGUGCAUGUUCUAUUUUCAUAAAUAUUGCCAAUUUGUACCUGCAAAGAGUUGCACCAACUUACGGUCUCACCAGCAGUGUAUAUCUAUUUCCUCAUAUCCUCAGUUGCUCUGCAUAUAAUCAAACUUUAAACAUUUCCCAAUAU